GAAAUGUCUUCACCUAUCAGUAAGAAAAUGCCUUCGGUGAAAGCUGACCGUGAACAACCAAACUGCACUGGUAUUGUAAAACGUGGUCGUGGUAGACCCCCUAAGUCUAAAAACACCGCUCUAGCUCACAUGUGCAACAGUGCAGAGAAAUUGCCCGCUUCAAGACAAGAUGAUAGUGAAGUAGAAAAAACUAAGAAAGACAGUGAGAUUGAGAAGGGUAAUAAGCAACAACCAAAUACACAGCAGGAGAAAGACUCAACAGAAAUGGAAGAAGCAGAUGCUAAUGGCAAUUUUGCACAGGCGACACUGAAUUCUCACUUAAAAUAUGCUGCUCAGGCAAAAGGACAAAGCAUCAUUGAUCAAAUUUUCCAUCAGACUCUUCCAAGUGUUGAAAACCUCGCUUGUAAAAGUUCUCUGAAUACUGAUCAGCCGCUAAUAUCUAGCCAACGAGACGCCUCUUUUAGCCUUCAAAUAUUCCAAGGAGGGAACAGUGAAGACGAGUGUAGUAAAUUAAUGAUGAAUAGCAGUGAAGUGCUCAAUAAGCAGAAAAAAGCAGAGACGUCUCUGCUGAUGAACGAGAAUAAAGACAUGGAGGUAUCUGACAAGCACGUAGGGUCACCUACAAGUGACCGACAAGACAAUGUGUUACAGAAUAAUGAUUCCCAAAAAGAGAUGGGAAAAGACAUUCAGGACCAGAUGAAUGAGAUAUCUUUGCCGUUAACAGCUGAGGAGGACGUAAUGAAGGAAAUGAUGAUCCUGGCUGAUGAUAUCGAUGAUGCUGAUCAUCCCAAGUUGCCCACAGAGAAAGACUGUGAUGGUUCUACCAGUGAACUGACAGUGAUGGAGGGAAUAGAAAUUAAUUUCAGUACGAAUCCUGAUAGUAAACCAGCAGAACAUCUCCGAGAUGAACAAAACCUGGAAGAUACUGUUUCUAAUGAGACAUCAGACAUGGACAAAGGUGUUCAGGAAGCAUGUGGUGUUAAUACCCAGGAUGUUAGCUGUAUAGGAAGAAAUAAAGAGGUUCAGAUGAUUGAAGAAACUAUGGAUGGAGAAGAAACUGAAUUUCUGAGGGCAACUGAGCUUGUGGAGGCUUCUUCGGAUGAUAGGUGUUUGGAAACCACCAAUAGCUUGGAUGAUGAUGAUAAAAUGAAUGAAGAGGGGCACCAGUACAGUGCUGGGAAGACUAAUGAACAGACCCUACUGGAGGAAGACGAAUUGAGUAAAGGACACAUUAGGAGUGCUGGGAUUGCAGAUGAUGCAUCAAACAGAGCUCUGACACUGAGAAAAACAGAAGAAAUAAUAUGCAGAGAUGCUCCUUCUGUCCAGACUGAAGUAUCGCUUCAGUCAAACUAUCAAAGCCCCCGAGUGCGCAGUGAGAAUAUCUCAGCGGUGACGUCCAGUUCAGAAUCAUCCGAUGAAGAAGAUAUUGACGUAGAUGUUGUCGAUGAAUCUGUAGAUGAUCCGUUAGGGCUUUUGGCAGCUAGACAGUUUGUCACACUGGCUAUUGAGUGUCUAAUGGAGCAAGAGGAUGAGCUGGAUGCCACUGAAGAAGAGGAGGUAGAUGUCACUGGAGAAGAGACAGAAUAAAUUUUUAUGUUCAUGUUGAGAAUACAUGUUUAGCAUUUUGAAAUCAAUAGCAGAUGUUUAAACCAAGUUCUUAACCCAAGGUUUAAUAUAUCAAAUGGUGAGAAUAAUUAUUAUUUUUUUUUGUCAAUAUGACAUUAUGUGAAUUAGCCUGUAAAUUCAUUCAGUUUAUUUUGGAUUGUCUCAUAC